GGAAAAAGGAGAAAAUUCAAUUAAACGGUUAAAUGAUCAAAUGAUGAAACAUGUUAUUGUUGUGUGUGUGUGUUUGUCUAACAUGGAACUCUUUGGUUUUCUUUUACUGUUGUGUGUGUAGUAGUUGUGUAACAGUGUGUGUGUGUUUGUGUCGUGGUUGUUAAACUAUACCAUGCUUCUGUCUCUAGAUGGGGCCCUCCACUUAAAGGUCCCUGCACUUUUGUGCGCACGCGUAAAGGCGCGCGUGCGUCCGGUACAGUUUUCCGACCUGGCGUCUUUUUUUUCCGCGCGCGGACAAAGCAGCAGCAGCAGAGUCAGAGUCACUCUGGGUCCGGGAUCAGAUCAGACCAGCUGUGGCGGAGCCGCGCGGCUCUUCACGUCCCUGUCGUUCGGACCAAACUCCUGAAGAUCACGGCUCUUUGUUUUCCUGUGGACACCUUCAUGUCCAACUCCAGUGCGCAGUAGUUUGUCCCCGGAGCCGCGCCGCUCACUCUGAAGAAAACAAGCAGAGGAGGAGGAGGAGGAGGAAGAAGAAGAAGUUGUGCUGAUUGAAGAGGAUAAAUUGUUUGUGAGAGAGUGAGUGAGUGAGUGCAGCCGCAUCAUGGACUCAUCUGUGAGCACUUUGAUGUGGAUGAUGUUCCUCACGCUCACAUGUGACGCGGAUCCAGGUGUGUCAGCUGAUCCAGAUGCUGUGGCUGAGGCUCAGAGUGGAGCUGCACCUACAGCUGAAGGUUAUUUCCUGGAGUUCCAGGAGCCGGUCAGCAACAUCACCCACUUCCAGGGCCAGACAGCCACGCUGCACUGCAAGGUGACAGGGAAUCCACGGCCGUCCACCCGCUGGCUAAAGAAUGAUGCUCCUGUGGUCCAGGAGCAGGGACGCAUAACCAUCCGUAAGACAGAGGCAGGCUCCAAGCUUCGCAUCCAAGACCUGGACACGACGGACACUGGCUAUUAUCAGUGUGUUGCCUCCAACUCAUUGAAGGUCAUCUCUGCAACAGGCGUCCUCUAUGUCAAACUAGGACAGAUGCCCACACACAGUCCUGAUGAACCGUCACGUGAAAAAGGUUUCUGUCAACCUUACCGAGGCAUCGCCUGCGCUCGCUUCAUCGGCAACCAGAGCAUCUAUGUUGAGUCCCUGCAGAUGCAGGGGGACAGCGAAAACCGCAUCACAGCUGCUUUCACUAUGAUCGGCACCUCCACCCAUCUAUCAGACCAGUGCUCCAGGUUUGCCAUCCCAUCCUUCUGCUACUACGUCUUCCCUCUGUGUGACGAGGGCUCUCGAGGCCCCCGGCGCCGCCAGCUCUGUCGCGACGAGUGCGAGGCCCUGGAGAACGACCUGUGCCACGCGGAGUACACCAUCGCCCGGUCCAAUCCCAUGAUCCUCAUGCAGCUCAAGCUCCCCACCUGCCACCUGCUGCCACGGCCAGAGACGCCUGAUGCCGCGUCCUGCAUGAGGAUCGGAGUGCCACCGGAAAAACUAGGCUCAUAUUCCCCCACAGAUCACUUCUGCUACAAUGGAAGUGGAGCUGACUACAAAGGCACGGUCAGCAUCACUAAGUCCGGUCAUCACUGUCAGCCGUGGAGCUCUCAGUUUCCUCACAGCCACCACCUGUUGCAGGAAUACCCCGAGCUAUGGGGGAGUCACAACUUCUGCCGCAACCCAGGAGGUCAGAUGCAGGCGCCGUGGUGCUUCACCUUAGACCCUCAUGUCAGGGUGGACCUGUGUGACAUUCAGCCCUGCAAGCCUCCAGAGAACCCCAGGAAGGAGAUCCUGUUCAUUUUAAUCCCUGCCAUCGCCAUCCCUCUCGUCAUCGCCUGCCUCUUCUUCCUGGUGUGCGUGUGUCGUAAUAAGCAGAAGGCUUCGACGGACACACCCCCUCGCUGCCAGCUCAGUGGCUCACCCACUCAGGACGUGGAGCUCUCGCUCCUCAACCAGCAAAAACACCCGACCAAGCUGCGGGAGGUUAAUCUGUCGGCAGUACGAUUCAUGGAGGAGCUCGGCGAGGAUCGGUUCGGCAAGGUCUACAAGGGCCAACUGUACGGCUCCACGCCUGGUGAGCAGGGCCAGGUGGUGGCCAUCAAGACGCUAAAAGACAAGGUGGAUGUCACGCUCUGUGAGGAGUUCCGUCACGAGGCCAUGAUCCGCUUUCAAAUCCAGAAUCAACAUUUAGUGUCUUUGCUGGGUGUGGUCACCAAAGAGCAGCCAAUGAGCAUGAUAUUCUCCUACUCCAGCCUUGGUGACCUGCAUGAGUACCUGGUGAUGCGCUCCCCCAACUCAGAUGUUGGCAGCGUCGAUGAUGAUAAGACAGUGAAGUCCACUCUGGAGCAGGCGGACUUCCUUCACGUGAUCACGCAGAUCGCUGCGGGAAUGGAGUAUCUCUCCAGCCAACAAGUGAUCCAUAAAGACCUCGCGGCCCGAAACAUUCUGGUCUUUGACAAACUCAACAUCAAGAUUCUGGAUCUAGGCCUCUUCAGAGAUGUCUACUCUGCCGAUUAUUACAACCUCAUGGGCACCAGCCUGUUCCCCAUUCGCUGGAUGGCCCCAGAGGCAAUUAUGUACGGCAAGUUCUCCACCGACUCUGACAUCUGGUCCUACGGCGUCCUGCUGUGGGAGACUUUCAGCUACGGUCUGCAGCCGUACUGUGGCUACUCCAACCAGGAUGUGAUUGAGAUGGUGCGCAACCACCAGCUGCUGCACUGUCCAGACGACUGCCCGGCAUGGAUUUACGCUCUCAUGCUGGAGUGUUGGAGCGAAUUCCCAGCGAGAAGACCUCGCUUCAAGGACAUGCACACACGCUUGCGCUCCUGGGAGAGUCUGUCCAACUACAACAGCUCUGCUCAGACGUCUGGCACCAGCAACACGACCCAGACCAGCUCUCUCAGCACCAGCCCUGUUAGCAACAUCAGCAUGAGCACGGCGAAUACCUCACGCUACACCAGCCCUAAAAAGGGCUCGCCCUUUCAUCAGCCCCAGUUCAUGCCCAUGAAGGGCCAAAUGCACCGGCCCAUGGUGCCCCCGCAACUCUACAUCCCCGUCAAUGGAUACCACCACCCCAUGUCAGCGUACCCAUACCUGCAGAACUUUUACCCCAUGCAAAUACCCAUGGCCAUGCCCCAUCAGCAGAUGCACCACCCACCACAAGUGGUCAGCAAACCCGGCUCUCACCACAGUGGCAGCGGAUCCACGUCCACAGGCUACGUCACCACCGCCCCGUCCAACACGUCUGCGACAGAGCGAGCGGCUUUGUUAAACGACAACUCCAAGACCACCGAUGAGGACUUGGCUGACCGGGCGUCCCAGGAAGAAGCAGGCCUACAUGAGGACUCGUCGGUGCCGGAAACGGAAUUGCUAGGCGAUAAUGACCCUUCACACACUGAUGAAUUGGUUGUCCACUUGUCGGACACAUAAGUGUCUCGCUCUCUCUCUCAGUUUGAAGGACAGUAGAGCUGAAGUGUUCCGUGAGCUGGUCGUUUGUUGCCAGAGGAUUCAAUGAGAAGCAUAAAGUGAAAGAGACAUUUUUGAAACUGUGACUGAAUGUUUUUUUUUGUAGAUAGCAUCGAUACAUUUCCAGUGUGUCUCAUGUCUGUAUUUCUUACACACCUGUGCCGAAGAUUAAGCCAAAUGAACUGAUGAACUGAUGAACUGAUGAUUCUCAUCCUCCAUUUUUGCCAUCUCUCUGCACGCCGCCGUACUGAUGACAUUAGAUGCUCCUUCAACAUCUUUCCACCAACUUAUAAUGCAGAAGAAUUUAAAUCCAAACCAGCAAUCAAUAAAUGAUAAUUGAUCAAUUACUAAAUUAAAUUGUUUGAUUGUUUCUGUGAUUUUUCAGCUUCUUAAAUGUGAUUAUUUUCUGGCGUCUUUCCUCCGUAUGGUCUGUGGACAAAACCGUGACAUUUGGGAACGUCCAUCGUCAUUUGGAACUUUGAGAAACACCAACAAUUGACAUUUCUCAGCAUUGUAUUGAACAAACUAUUCAUCAAUGAAUUAAGGGAAAAUAAUCGACAGAUUAAAAUCAAUUAUGAAAAUAACACAGAAUUUAAGAUCAGUGUCAGUUCAAAUCUGCGUUUACUGAGUAUUAUCUCUGUGACACAAGUCUCUCUGUGAGUCUAAAUCUCUGAGAAACCUUUCCAGCGUCCAUAAACACUUUAUCCAAUCAAGAGCCAGAACAAAGCCACGAAGAGGCCGGUCCUUUCUGCGUAGGAGGUUAAGCUGUUUGUUGAAGAAUAUCAAAUGUGUUCAUGGGGUAAAGUAGAGAGGAGGGGGGAGGGAGGGAUAACUGACAGAAUCAGAAUCAGAAUACUUUUAUUAUCCCGAAGGAAAUUGUUUGGGUUAGGGUUAGUCCCAGCUGCUGGAUUACAGCAGCUGUAAUCCACUGUGUCUGUGUUAGUCCACACACGCUUUGCUCGUGCACCCCCUCAAUGGCAAUGUGAUGCUGUUCUUUUUUUGUGUUGUUGUUAUUUUGUGAUUAGUAAAAAGCCACAGUCGUACGAAUGAAAAGUACUGUCGGUUUGGAAAGUAACUUGAUUCAGAUUCUGUUGCUUUCUUUCGUCAAACAACACAAACGGAAUCGUGUUGAAUCUCUUUUUUUGUUUUUUAACGCCAUUAAAAAUGGUUUUGUUCCACAUGACAUGUUUCACCACCAGGCUGAUGAUAUUCACAUCCAUUUUUAUAGCUGUAUGAUAUGUAAGUUAUGUACUUUGGUUUGAACAUUGUAUUUGUUUAUAGUUUUUCUUUGUCAGUGAAAAACACUAAGCCUUUAAUGUCUUUUUAAGCUUUUAUUGUUUAUUUUGUUUAAGUGUCCUCUGUCUGUGGAGUAUUAAAGACCCUGAAAAGCAAUAAAAAAAACACCUGACUCCUGA